AUGAGGUCCACCGCACAAUUGCUCUCUUCAGGCCGUGCUCUGCCUCAAAACGCGCACCAACUCGCAAAGCUGCAAGCCUCCAUCGCUCGCCGACAGAACAUCGUCGAUGCGAAUAUGCGGACCAUGACCACGAAGGACGCAUCCACAAAGUCCGACGCCGAAUCAGACGUCAAACCCACCACGCAUUACAGGAUUACAUUGCGGAGAUCUGGAAUCGGAAUGCCCUCCAAAAUACGCAACAUACUCUCCUCCAUGGGCCUCAAUAAGCGUUUGCAGACCAUUUAUCGAUUGCAAAGACCAGAAGAAGCCGGCAACAUUCUGGCCGUGAAGGAGCUUGUGCACGUCGAUACCGUAAGGAGAUUGGAUGGAGGCAUGGAAGAGCCGCUGCGAAAAUAUACACAAAGCGGGUUCGAGGCGCUUAGUCAAGAGGAGGUCGAUGCUAUUUCAGUUAGCAACGAAGAUGCCAUCUGGGUGGAUCAGAAGGGAGAAGUGGUCGAUUGGGGUUACAAAGGAAGGAAAGCUCCCCGGGGGUAUACGGUAGUCGGCAACCUCAGCGAUGAAAAGAGGCAUGCCGAAAUCAAACAGGGGCUGCAAGAGUCGCAGUAA